AUCUCAAGACAUUGUUAGUCAGACAAAAGUUGCGAAACUAUACACUUUUCAGUGCGUAAAGAAAAACUCCCGAAGUCUAAAACAAUGAAGUGGUUAUCGUUGUUCUUCGUUUUCGGCUUGCUCACUGUGAUCGGCCGCAUGGGUACGUUAGCCAACGCCAAGCCCUUUCCUGAGCCGCGUGGACGUCCGCCAACCACUACACGUCGCCCACCCACUACCGACACCAAUGACGCUGGUGUGCGACGCUAGCUGCCGGAGGAAUCAGGGGACAGUGAGACAGCAGCGAGUGCGGAGUAUUGGAAUAGUAAGGAGCAGUAUAAACCCAAGCCCAUGAAAUGUUCAACACCGUUGAAGAAGGAUCGACGUAAAAUUGUAGUACAAUGUUAUGGUGAAGAGAAAUUGCAAUAUGUUGAAAUUGUUUUUGUUUGAGUUGAAGGUAAACAUAAAAUUGGCAACAAGGUGUAUCAAAUUAUUUGUUUUCGAAUUUUCAAUUAAUUACUAACCCAAAAUUUAAUACUUGAAUUGUUGAAUAAAUAAUUUUGUUUUUCAAAACUAAUAAAAAAUGUUUUUAAAUAAUUUUAAAUAGUAUAUAAGUUAUUACUACGUGCCUUUCUAACAAAUCUCUUUACAUUUAAAACAAUUUACUUUUUUUUGCAUUUCUAUGAUUGAAAAUAUCAUUUGAUACGCCUGACUUUACAACGUUGAUCACGUGAUAACUUUUAUUAAAAUAUUAUUCGUGAGAAUAAUCAAACCUUGUAUCAGUGAAGUAGCACUGCACACUUCAAAUCACUGUCGCUGGCGCCGCGCAGAUGGAAAUUAAUUAAUUCAUAAUUAACUGAAAUUAUAACCUAAUUGAAAUUCAAAUGAAAUGUAUUAGUUUGAGCGUAGCUAAAUGAUCAAUGAACGGUUAUAAUUACUAAUUUAAUGAAUCAUACUGUGAAAAUAUGGGAAAACCUUGGGUGAAUCCCAAAAAUAAAUUGUAGUAAUGCAGUCAGUUCCUUCGCGUGCCUGUUCAAAGCCAAUUACUCUUAUCAAAAAUAAUAAUAUUUCAUCUUUUUAAGCGCGAAUGUAAAUCUGCAUAGGCAUGACAGAUUAAACAAUUGUACAAAAAAUUCCAACACCUAACUACAACACAAAUGAUUAUUGCAAUAAUUAGCCGAAAGCCUAUAAAAAGGAACUCAUCAAGGGAAAACGCAUUACUUGCCGGCAUAAAGUAACUGACGAGUGCACUCAAAUCAUUAAAAAUAUUGCUAAGAUUGAAAGGAGUUCCAAUUGACAUAUUCGAAAUGCGUUUCUCAGUUUUUCUGUUGCCAAUUUUAUUGUUGUUGUGUUGGAGUUGCAGCCAAUUGCCGUUGGUGGCCGGUACAAAGAAAAUCGGCGGCGGUUAUGGCAAGAAGAGCACUGGCGGUGGUGGUAAAAAAUGCGGCUAAGGAAUACAAAGAUAUUUUGUAAAUAAUGAAAUGUUUGUUAAAUGUGCUAAAUGAUUUGUGCUAUGGAAUAUGUGUUGAAAAUAAAUGGAAUAAAAAUAUAUUUAAUCUAAA